AUGUAUGUAGCAGAAGUGCUUACGAAGUGGUUUUCCGUGGGUGACUUGAAAUUUGAAUUCCCUCCUGAAGGAAGUGAGACUAUCGUAGACUUGAAGAAAAUCGUGGAGGAUGAGUAUGGUGUUGAUAUGGAAGGUGCUAAAAGUGACAAUGAAGAGAAGGAAGUGAUACAGUUGGAUAUACAGGGUGCGGGGAAUGAUGCAAACAAAGUGGAUAGUGAUGAUGAUGACUUCCCUGAGUAUGAAAUCCCUGAGGAAGAAUUGGAUUUGAAAAAGGAUGAAAAUGAUGAAGACUAUUGCAAUGUAGAGGUACCAUACUAUAUCAGAGAUUGUAUUGAGGGCCUCAGUGAACAGCACGAUUAUGCCAAAUUUGAAGCUGCAUUCAACGCCUUGAAACCGAUGAUUAGACGACGAGCUGUUGGUUAUGAACAGUCUGCAGAGGAAUUACUUUGCCGACUUAUCGAUCUUAGUGAUCACUUCAAAACUGAACAUUUCCAGGAGAAACGAAUACAGCUUAUUCAAUCGUGUUUGGUAACGAGUCCACACUUGGGUAGCAUUGCUAUUGAUAUUAUGUUUUCGAGGAGAUGUUCGAUGUCAAAUAGAUAUGUUAUUUUAAAGGCUCUGUGCAACGCGGCAUGGGAAUAUUCAUCUCCAACCCAAGUUGCUGAAAACCUUAACACCAAACUUCAAGAAAACAAAUGCAGCAAGGGUUUGAACGAUAGAGGACUGGUUCCCAAAACAAAACGUUUCAUGAAAGCACCAGUUACGGUGCUGAAAGAAAACAGAUUUACACCAAUGGCAAAUUCCUUUUUCUAUCCCUUGACUGCAAUUGACCAGCAUCGUGAACAUCUUGAUCUUAUUGGACGAGAUUCAGAAUUAUUGAGUAGGAUUUUGGUCUGUAUGGGCCAUUUGAUCAGAUGUUCUGGUACUUCUCCAAGUACUGUUAAAAUGGCCAGUACCCUGGCUUAUUUGCUCAUUCCGCUGCGAGUUAAUACGAAUUUUGCGGUGAGACAAGCUGUACUUUUUUGCUAUGCUUCUAUUUGUGCGUCCUUAUCGAGGGAGGUAAUACUGCAGUUCUAUUCAGACGAUAUAAUAGAUUGGAUGGAGUAUGCUACGAGACUAGCUGAAGCUGAUCCAUCGAUAGAAUGUAGAGGGAUGGCGCAAAUUGCUGUUGAAAUGAUUGCUUUAUCUAUUUCUAUGGACAAGCAACGAAUUAACUAUAGUGAUUGGGUAAAAUCAUCACGGCCACAGAAAAAUCGAUUAGUUUCUUGA